GCGCCCCUCGCCGCUCCUAAACGCCCCCCCCCCCCCGUGUGCUUCCAGCCGACUCGGGCCACUCGGCGAUGGAUCGCCUGCUCCUUGGGCGCUGAAGGCAUCCCCGGGACCCGGAGCGCAGCCCGGGAAAGAAACGACCAGCUGUAUUGAUGAGUAGAUGCUUGGGUUCAGAGGCUGGCUGACACACACCAUGCCUGCUUCCAUCUUUUGCUCUGGAAAGCUGUGAAUUGCACAUGCCUAUAGGGAGGAAGGAUGGCACAUGGGAUUCCUUCUCAAGGCAAAGUUACUGUCACGGUGGAUGAGUACAGCUCCAACCCCACCCAGGCAUUCACGCACUACAACAUCAACCAGAGCAGAUUCCAGCCGCCACAUGUACAUAUGGUCGACCCCAUCCCAUAUGACACUCCAAAACCAGCGGGCCACACGCGGUUUGUCUGCAUCUCAGACACACACUCCAGAACAGAUGGUAUCCAGAUGCCUUAUGGGGACAUCCUUCUCCACACAGGCGAUUUCACCGAGCUGGGACUGCCCUCAGAGGUUAAGAAGUUUAAUGACUGGUUAGGAAACCUUCCAUAUGAAUAUAAAAUAGUGAUUGCUGGAAAUCAUGAACUGACAUUUGAUAAAGAAUUCAUGGCAGACCUUGUUAAACAGGACUACUACCGUUUCCCCUCUGUGUCCAAAUUGAAACCAGAGGACUUUGACAACGUUCAGUCCCUCCUGACAAACAGUAUUUACUUACAAGACUCUGAGGUAACAGUGAAGGGAUUCAGGAUAUACGGUGCACCUUGGACCCCGUGGUUUAACGGAUGGGGUUUUAACCUACCCAGAGGUCAGUCUCUGCUGGACAAGUGGAACCUCAUCCCUGAGGGCAUCGACCUACUUAUGACACAUGGACCUCCUCUAGGUUUUCGAGAUUGGGUUCCAAAGGAGCUUCAAAGAGUGGGCUGCGUGGAGCUUUUAAAUACAGUCCAGAGAAGAGUUCGGCCCAAGCUCCAUGUGUUUGGUGGGAUCCAUGAAGGUUACGGCAUUAUGACCGACGGUUACACAACAUACAUCAAUGCCUCAACGUGUACAGUCAGCUUUCAACCCACCAACCCUCCAAUUAUAUUUGACCUUCCAAACCCACAGGGUUCCUGAAGCUCCAAACACCAGAUUGGAAAUGUGAUCGAAGGUCUAGAAACUGCCAUUUUUCUAAUUAUAAACUUACAUUCUCCCGUACUCAUUAAUUUCUAAAUCCUGUGAGUUUUUUUAUUUGGUUGUGGGGUAUUUUUGUUUUGUUUUGUUUUGUUUUGGUUUGGUUUGGUUUGGUUUUUUUUUAAUUGCUGGAACAAAAUGACACUAGAGGCUGUGCUUCUUUAUUUAUUUUUUAAAUGGAGCACCCAUUUGAAAUCAAAGAAGCACUGUGAAUUUAUAAAAAAAAAAGAAAAUAACUUCUGUUUUUGUCAAAGGCCACGCCAUUGUAAAUUGUUAGUGUUUGCCAAAGGACAGCCAAGCUUUCUUUUUGAAUGGUGAUGAAAAUCUUAUUUUAAUAUGCUUUAAGCUGGAAGGAAAAAAUUAUAAUGAAACAGGCAGGCAGUGUUUUAAAAAAACCACCCAGAUUUGCACAACUAUUUGAAUAUUAUUUUAAGUGUUUUAUUUUAUUUUAUUUUUGAUACUCUGUUAGUAUUGUUUUUUUCUUGGUAAUGCUUCUUUUGUGUUGAUGUGGUCUGGAUUUAUAGCAACCUACUCAAUGAAAGUGGGUAUGGAAAAGACUUCUCUUCACUCUCAUGUUAAAGAAAGCUUUUCCUAGGGAAGAAGAUAACUCUCAUUUUUAAAGGAUGGCUUAGCUUAGUGAGAUCCAUAGUGUGUCAUAUGAAGUCUCAUUGUUUAUUUGUAUCUUUUAAAUUAUUUUAGCUUUAAAAAUAUGGAAAUGGAAUCUGUCAAAAACAGGUAUUUCAUGCCAUUUUUUUUAAAAAGAAAGAACAUGCAGACUCCUUUUCAAUAUGGUUUAUAUAUAUAAAUAUUUUUGUGUAUUAUGACUAAGUUAGGAGUGUGAUAUUGCCAAGGACAGUACAACUGCAAAGGGAUGCUUUAUAACAGGGCAUCAGAAGUUCAAAGGAGCUGCCACAGUUUCUAAGAACUCAAGGUCUCAAAGAACUUGAGUUAAACCUAGGUGCAGUUACCGGCUUGUAUAGACUUAAAUGAAUGCAAUGUGAGCUAACUAAAAUAAGGCUUAGUUGUCCUUUAUAUUUAAAUACCCUGAACUGUCUUCUUACUUCCUCCCCCCCCCCCAUUUUGCACUGUGUGUCGAUGCAAUCUUCGCUAGCACAAAAUAUUGUCGCUAAUAGUCAUUUCUGUUUUCCCAUUGUAAAUGCUGUUGAGCUUUAUUCUAUUUUAUGUUAUCUUGUUAAUGGAAUUUAGGAAAGCAGUUGUUUCUUUAAAUUUAUUGUGAUAUUCUAUAUCUAGCGGCCUUUAUAUGCAAAUAAAAUUGCAGGAUUUUUAA